CACUGCUCUGAAGAAGUUCACCAUGAGUUCCAGGAAGAGAUGGUUAACUCCCCGCCGCUCUAAACUUUACAUUGUGGAAGGGGACGCCCAGUGUCCGGAGACGGGCGCCCGCAAAGACAGCUCGUUCAGCCAGGCGCCGUACCUGCGCGGCUUGGAUCGCUACACUGACAGCAGCACCGCAGCCCCUGGACCCAGGGAACCUUCGUGCGUGUCGGUCUCCAAUUCGGCCAGCUUGGCCUGGGCGCUGCGAACACGCCACCAGCCUGCGAGUCUGGCUCUCCGCAAGCAAGAGGAAGAGGAGAACAAGAGAUGCAAGGCGCUGUCAGACACCUACGAACUGUCCACAGAUCUGCAGGAUAAGAAGGUGGACAUGCUGGAGAGAAAGUACGGUGGCUCCUUCGUAAGUCGCAGAGCAGCCAGGAUCAUCCAGACAGCCUUCAGACAAUAUCGUAUGAACAAGAACUUCGAGCGUCUCAGAAGCUCCGCGUCGGAGAGCCGCAUGACCCGCCGCAUCAUCCUGUCCAACAUGAGACUGCAGUAUUCCUUCGACGAGCGCCAGCCUCAGCAGCAGGCCCAGACACAGACCAGCUUCACCCACAACGUGGCCAUCGGGCCUCCUCACUCCCCCGACCCAGACCGCCCAGGAGACUACACCCACUUGGAGGACUCCUUCUCCAAACAGGUCAAGUCCUUAGCUGACUCCAUAGACGACGCCCUCACCUGCCGCGGGGGUCGCGAUGACUCCCAGGAGGGCAGCAGGGAGGGCGGAGGGAUUAGUGAAGACUUUGGAGAGUGUGUGUGGAGCAGCAGCAGCAACCCCUCCUCCCAAAGAGGUCUGGGAGAGCGUGCCAGGGGAGCAGGUGGAGGACUCAGCAUGCACGGCGACAGCACCGCCACCUCGUACAGUGACGUCACGCUUUACAUGGAUGAUGGCAUGCCGUCAUCCCCGCUGUCCCUGGAUCGGGCUCCCAGCAGCACAGAUACAGAGUACUGGGGCCCCGGUGGGGGUGUGGGAGGGCGUGAGGACAGCAGGGACACAGAGGGAGGGGGCAGCAGCAACAGUCGGCGCAGCACCCCGUGCACCGAGUGCAGGGAUUAUCGUCUCAGGGGCGCACAUCUGCCUCUCCUCACUAUCGAGCCGCCCAGCGACAGCUCAGUGGACAUGAGUGACCGCUCAGAUCGUGGCUCUCUGAACAGACAGCUGGUGUACGAGCAGGAGCCGGGGGUCGGAGUCGGCUCCCCUCAGGGAACCCUCAAACACUCCCCCAACACAGGCACCCGCCCUCCCUCCACGGCAGCUGCCCAGGGUCAGACCCGGGCGCCUGGCAGACCCAUACCCACACACAUCCCUCAGCAGGUGGCGGCACACCACCACCACCACCACCACCCCAUCCACCACCAUCAGUACCCUGACACACCCUCGUCCUCCUCCUCCCCCCAGCAGCCCCCCACCACCCCUCUGUCCUCCUCCUCCUCUACAGCGCUGCCCCCUGGUGGCCUGGAGCAGCCGUGCUGCUCGGACGGAGACAACGACUCGCUCAACUCCACCACCAACUCCAACGAGACGGUAAACUGCAGCUCCGGCUCCUCGUCCCAGGACAGCCUGAGGGAGCCUCUGCCUCCCUUGGGGAAGCAGACGUACCAGAGAGAAAGUCGCCAUAGCUGGGACUCCCCGCCCUUCAACAGUGAUGUGGUGCAGAGACGCCAGUAUCGCAUCGGCCUCAACCUCUUCAACAAGAAACCAGAGAAAGGGAUCCAGUACCUGAUAGAGAGAGGCUUUGUGUCGGACACUCCGGUUGGGAUUGCUCGCUUCAUCCUGGAGAGGAAAGGCCUCAGCAGGCAGAUGAUCGGAGAGUUCCUGGGAAACAGACAGAGACAAUUCAACAAAGAUGUUUUAGACUGUGUGGUGGAUGAGAUGGACUUCUCAGGGAUGGACCUGGAUGAUGCUCUCAGGAAGUUCCAGGCUCAGAUUAAAGUUCAAGGAGAAGCCCAGAAAGUGGAGCGGCUCAUCGAGGCUUUCAGUCAGAGAUACUGUGUGUGUAAUCCAACACUGGUUCGGCAGUUCCAGAACCCGGACACCAUCUUCAUCUUGGCCUUCGCCAUCAUCCUCCUCAACACAGACAUGUACAGUCCCAACGUGAAAGCUGAGAGGAAGAUGAAGCUGGAAGAUUUCAUCAAGAAUCUGAGAGGUGUAGACAACGGUCAGGACAUACCCAGGGACCUGCUGGUUGGGAUCUACCAGCGGAUACAGAAAUGGGAGCUGCGGACCAACGAUGACCACGUGUCCCAAGUGCAGGCAGUGGAGAGAGUCAUUGUGGGCAAGAAGCCUGUGCUGUCCCUUCCUCACCGCAGGCUGGUAUGUUGCUGCCAGCUGUACGAGGUGCCUGACCCCAACAGACCUCAGAGGACAGGAGUUCACCAACGAGAGGUCUUCCUCUUCAACGACCUGCUGGUGGUGACCAAGAUCUUCCAGAAGAAGAAAACCUCAGUGACUUAUAGUUUCAGACAAUCGUUCCCUUUGGUUGAGAUGCAAGUGCACAUGUUCCAGAACUCUUACUACCCUCACGGUAUCCGCCUGACCACAGCGGUGCUGGGCGGGGAGAGGAAGGUCCUUAUCGUCUUUAUGGCGCCCAGUCAGCAGGACCGCACCCGCUUUGUCAGCGACCUCAGGGAGAGCAUUGCUGAAGUGCAAGAGAUGGAGAAGUACAGAGUGGAAUCGGAGCUGGAGAAACAGAAAGGUGUGAUGCGACCCAGCUUGCUCACUGGAGGUGUCGGUGGGAAGAGCGAUGUUGUGAAUGGCACCCUGGGAAGGACAAGUUUUGAUGACUCAGUGGGUGAUGGUCUCAAACGCACAGCGCUCAGCUCAUCUCUCAGGGACCUAUCGGACGCAGGGAAACGUGGUCGCAGGAACAGUGUUGGUUCUCUGGACAGUACCAUGGAAGGCUCCAUUAUUAGCAGCCCGCAGCCUCACCAGCGCUAUCAGGUGCCAGGCGUUGUGCCCGGCUGUUAUGGCACAGAAGACUUCCGGCCUCACCGCCCCAUCCUGAGCCCCGGAUCGGGGGUGGGGGGUGGGCCGGGGCAGCAACAUACCACUGCUGGGACAGGAGUGGGGGGAGUCUCCAGCAGUGUCGAGAGAACAGGAGCGGGGAGCGGCCCUGGGGGGAGCAGCAGCAACAACAGCGGCUCCUUCCUGGGAUCUCUAUUCGGCAGCAAACGUGCCAAACCACCAGGGCCCCUUAUUCCACCGGGGCCACCUUACCCCGCACCUGUACCCCCACCGACUACGGGAGGGCCCCCUCCUCACUCCCCUUCAUCGCUGUGCCAGUUGGACGGGGGGCCUUCCAAGAUCCAGGCACUGCACGCACAGUACUGUCACGUGGGCACCGUGCAGCCCCCACCACCUUACUACCAUCACCAUCGCUACCACGUCCAAACUGUCCCUCCUCCUUUGCAAGGCGUGCCCCCUCACACUAUACAGAGAGGCCCACUACCCUGUCGUCCACCACUCGGCGCCCCGUACGCCCCGCACCCGCAGCUGGCCCAUCUCUCCCAGCUUUCCCAGCAUGGGCUUGCGGGUCGCUACGCCAACAUGGUGGUGGGAUGUCCCCCCCCCCUUUCUCCUCUCUCCCAACAUUCCCAGAACCCACAGUUUGCCCUGUACCACGCGCAGCCCACACACUCUAUCAGAGGGGGCGGCCUCCCCGGUACCAAACUACCACUAACCAUGUCUCACUCCCACCCGCACCCCCACGCACACUCCCAAACCCACCCCGGACACGUGCACACACCACACCCAGCCAGCCACUCCACCCACCAAACACACUUUAUAUUCGGCACUCUGCCCCACAACCUGCCGUCCGCCUCCGUAAAUGCACAUCACGCUGUGACCGUCGGCCCGUAUCUGCCCCAGUACCCUCCUCUUUCUUCUAUCCCCCCUCCCCCACCACAUUCCCCUUUACCCCCCCCUUUGUCCCCCCUUACCCCUCUUACACCUCUCUCCCCUCCCCCCCCUGCACCCCGGGCAGCCUCAGCAGGGGCCGCAGGUGACGGGGGCUGGAGCGACAGGUACAGGGGGCAGCUCCAAGUCCAAGCCUAUCAACCGGAUAAGUACCGUGGUGUGAGCAGGAUGUGGGGCCACAGGGGUCAGAGGUCAGAUUACAGAGUGGAGGAGGUUGGCAGAGCUCGGUCUCGGACCAAGUCAGCCAGGACGGAAAGUAACAGCAGCAGCGCGAGUGACAAGAGGAAGCGCAGUUUGCUUCGCCUCUGUUACUUUCACCUCCGUUUCCCACACAUGUAGGAGAUCAAGAGCACAGCUGGGGGAGGAGCGGCAGGGGCACACACGUAGGAACAAACACUGCACACACUAUAUAUAAAGAAAAAGAAGUCUAUAGCCAUAUAAUUUCAGAAGAAACUAAAUCUAUAUCCAGAUAUAUCGCCUCAGUUUGAAUAGUUUGAAGUCUAGUUGAGUCUGUCUGAGACUAUGUACAUGUACAGUACCCAGAAGUGAUGACGUGACACUGGCAGAGAGCACAUGUCCAGCUGCUCACACGGGGAUGUAAAUAACGACUAAACCACCAAAUGCAUUCCAGCGGAGUUUGGCAUUUAUAACGGCAGAGAUUUGCAAAAAAAAAUGUCUUUUGACUUUGCAAUAAUUGACUUGGCUUCACGAUGUCUGCGUCCACUUUUGCAAGUUCCGCUUUGCUAACAGACGACCGCAGAUAUGUUGCUUCGUCUUAAACUUCUACAAGCCAGUGUCCGGUUUCCUGACGGUCCUUUUUGCUUAAUGGUCUUUUACAUGUCAGCAGGAGCCGCCUGGCUUCACGACGGGGAAAUACAAUCAAUCAUAUAUUUUCAAUGUUUCUGAAGCUUCUUGCUGUUUUAUCGAUAUUAUAAUAUACCUGCUACGAGUAUGAUGAAUAUUGUACAAUAAUUGUUUUGAUCAGUGAUUAAUUAUAUCAGCAGAUGUUUGUACAUGGUUAUAGAGAGUUUCACUGCUCGGGGGUGCACCAUGCUUUACCUUGAGUUCACCUUUUGAAUCAUUUGUAUUAUUAGUUGUUUAAAAUCAAUGAGGUUUAGUUUUCUUCCUUCAGUUGGAUGUGAGCACAUCACAAAACCUUCGUUUAAAGAAUGAAUCUGAGUUUAAUUUGUCUUUGUUUUAGAUUUACGAGGCUCCCAGCAUUGGAACAAAAUAAAACAACAUAAUCACACGUGCUCACGUCACACAGUCGUCAGGUUGAAUCAUUGUGUGUGUUCCUGUGUUUUGAAGAAGCACGCUUUUACAUGAGGUUUUGUGGUUUUGCACACGUGAUGUCUUAAGUCAGAAAUGACCUUCUUCUAGUCCUCCCCCCUCCCUGCCACAUCCCACUGAGGGCUUCUUGUUCAAAAACACGACAAGAGUCAAGAAUGUAAAAUAGCCUUUCUUCAUGUAUUUCCUCUUUUCUUUUCUGUGGGCCUCGUGUAACUGUCCCCCCCCCCCCCCUUUAUUUUUUUUGCUACUGCAAUUCUUGAGGUUGUAAUUGAUCGCUGAUGUCGUUUACCUUCAGUGCCGUUGAGAGAAAACUACAUAAUAUUCUGAAUUAGGAGCGAAUGAGGACAAAGCAAAGAAUUACCGAGAGAGACGGCGAAGUUUAAGAAGACUCCAGGAAACAAAAGGGUUUUAAGGAGGUGUGGAGAGAUUUUAUAUGUGUUGGCUAGCCUUUUCUUUUAUCGUGACUCUUCUUGCAUGAAUAUAUCUGCACUUAUUGAAUAGAUUGUACUGUAUAAAUCUGAAUGUACAUAUUAUACUAUACAUAGGCUUCUGGGAUGAACGUGUCCCAGUCUGUGUUCAGGUGCGUGCAUGUGAGUGCCACUAAGUCUGUACAUACUACAGAGGGAUCGGAGAUGUUGAGGAAUAUGGACUUUCUUCUUAUUAUUUCUGACUGAAGGUGAGAGAAUGAGUUACCAUGAUAUCAAUUAAAGCCUAAAAAACAGUGUAUAUGUCAGUGCACUUAUUGAAAUCAUUUAAAACUAAAUGAUUAUAUUUUUUCUUUGUGUGUGUAAUAUGUGAACUGAAAGAAUAGAGAUUUGAGAUGUGAAUAUUUAUUGCUAAAUUAAAGUGUCCUUGCAGUGAA